AUGCGUUCCGACCUUCUUUUGCUCGCCACUCUGGCGAGCUCUGCUCUCGCAUACCCCGCCGAAGUCGCCGUUGAGCGUCGUACUUUCGGUCUCCUGGCCCACCUGAUCGGUGAUGCUGCCUCCGAUGUCAUUGGCCUGGUUGACGCCCUGCUCGGCGUGGAUGUUCACGGUUCCGUCUCCGUCCUGGCUGGCCUGAGCGCUCACGGUGCUGCUGCUCUGGAGGGAGGUGCUUUGGGAUGCACUGCUGGCGUUAUUCAUGCCGAUGCUCGUGCUCAACUGAAGGUGUGGCUGGCUGGCCAGACCCACAUCACAGGAUCCCUGAAGACCUCCCUCCUCGCUUGGUGUGAGGGCUCCGGCUCUGCUACCUUGGAUGCGGAGGUUAUUGCUGCCCUGUCUGUCUAUAUCCCUACCUGUGCCGACAUCGCUGCCAAGGAGUCCAUCUAUGUCACCGUUGAUGGUAUCUUCUCAUCCACCGAGCUCUCCUCUACUCUCGUUCUGAGCGCCUCCGCUCAAGCUUCUCUUUCUGCUUUCCUUGAUAUUCACGCUCACCUUGGCCUUGGUGCCCACAUCCAGGCCGGUCUUAGCGUUUGUGCCGCUGGUGGUGUUAUUGCCAGCUUGGACGCUGAGAUCAAGGCUUCCCUCAUUGCUUGGCUGAACUCUUCCGAGUGUGCUCUUGAGGCUGCUCUCAAGGCCUCCAUCCUCGGCUGGUGCCACGGCACCCACGUCAGCGGCCUCGUCGAGAUCGGUGUCAUUGCCGACACUGCUCUGUCCACCAUCUCCGUCGGUGCCUCCAUCGGUGCUUACGUCGAGGAGGCCGGUGCCCUCUCCGUCCACGCCCAGGCCACCCUCGCCGCUUUCCUGAACACCCAGCUCGCCGUCGACAUCGACGCCGAUAUCCUCGUUGCCCUCCAAGCUUGCGCUGCCGGCAAGCUCGCCGCCUCCCUCGAUGUUGACGUCCGCACCGCCCUCGCCGUCUGGCUGUCCGGCUCCAGCUGCUCUCUUGGAGUCGAGCUGAAGGCCGUCGUCUUGCUCUGGCUGUCCGUUUCCGCCUCCGUCGAGACAUCCCUUGACCUUGUCAGCGGCCUCUUCGUCGAUAUCUCCGCCUUCCUGACCGAGACCAUCAUUGCCUCCCUGAGCAUCAACCUCCGCAGUGCUCUUGGCCUCCUCGCCGGCGGUGAGAGCCUCGCUGUUCUGUCCUGGGAGGCUCGUGCCGAGCUCGCUGCCUUCCUCGGCGGCUGCACUGGCAUCGACAUCAGCGUUAGCAUCCAGCUCAUCAUCAUCGAGUGGUUCACCGGCUGCAGCAUCCCCGGUGCCCCCGCCCCCUCUGCCUCCGUCUCCAUCCCCAGCCUGCCCUCUGCCACCCCCAUCGGUGUCUCCAGCACUCCUCUGAUCCCCUCCGGCUCUGUCCCCACUGGCUCUAUCCCCUCCGUCAGCGUUCCCGCCGGUGGUGUCCCCACUGGCCCUGCCGGCUCUAUCUCCGUGACUAUUCCCUCCGGUCCUGCUGUUACCGGCCCUGCUGGCGGUAACGGUGCUUCGUCCACCCCCUGCGACACUGAGACUAUCCCCGUCGUCUCCUCGUCUAUCAUCCCCGGCGGCACUGGCUCCGUCCCCACUGGCUCUGUCUCUGUGACUGUUCCCUCUGGUCCCGCUCCUACCGGCUCUGCUGGCGGUAAUGGUGGCUCUGGUAACGGCUCUGGCAACGGUUCGUCUGGCAACGGUUCGUCUGGCAACGGUUCGUCUGGCAACGGUUCGUCUGGCAACGGUUCGUCUGGCAACGGUUCGUCUGGCAACGGUUCGUCUGGCAACGGUUCGUCUGGCAACGGUUCGUCUGGCAACGGUUCGUCUGGCAACGGUUCGUCUGGCAACGGUUCGUCUGGCAACGGUUCGUCUGGCAACGGUUCGUCUGGCAACGGUUCGUCUGGCAACGGUUCGUCUGGCAACGGCUCGUCUGGCAACGGCUCGUCUGGCAACGGCUCGUCUGGCAACGGCUCGUCUGGCAACGGCUCUUCGGGCAAUGGUUCUUCUGGUAACGGCUCUUCGGGCAAUGGCUCUUCGGGCAACGGUUCGUCCGGCAACGGUAACGGUGCUUCCUCCACUCCUUGUGAGACCGAGACUAUCCCCGCUGUCACCUCUACUGUCAUCCCCGGCGGUUCUGUUCCUACCGGUACUUCCUCCACUGGCAACGGCUCUUCUGGCAAUGGCUCAUCUGGCAACGGCUCGUCCGGUUCUGGAUCGUCCGGCAACGGUUCUUCUGGCAACGGUUCUUCUGGCAACGGCUCUUCUGGCAACGGCUCUUCUGGCAACGGUUCUUCGGGCAACGGCUCUUCCGGCUGGUCCUCCUCCAGCUCGAGCACCUGGGCCUGGUCUGCCGGUGGUGCCCCGGCUCCCACCGCAGCCCCUACCGGCUCCGGCUCCGCCGACUCCUCGACCUCAACCUCGACCGUCACCAUCCACCACACCGUCUACGCCUGCCCUGCGUAA